CUGACUUUCUCUUAGGAAGCGAACCCACCCCACCACCCACAUGGACUUAACCCCCCAUCCUGCACCAAGAUCUCUCAGAUAAGAGAACCAAAUGUUAAAAGUCCCACGGUCCAGGUUUAAAACAAAGGGGGACCAUGCUUUUACUGUUUCAGCUCCAACACUGUGUCACGAUCAGAACAACAGUCAGUUUCUCAGUUUAAAAAGCGUUACAAAAACCCACCCAUAUACACUUACAUUUGUAUAUUUGUUAACUAUUUUAUUGUCUCUCACCUCUUUAAAUCCCUGUUUUAUGUAUGCUAUUCCUUUUAAAUUAUUUAACUUUUAUCGCAUACAUUGUGUAGUUUAGUCCUAUAUUGUAUGGAACUGUAUUAUAAGUCUGGUUUUGAAAGGUAUUAGAGAAUAAUGUUUAUUAUUAUUUUACACUGUUUGCAUUUCCUUGUAAAUUAAGAUCGAUUUCUAACGGUGUGUGCUCGGUCAGCAGUGCGCGCCGCCGCGGUAUAGGGCUCCUCCGCCGUGCACCGUGAACGCGCCUCUCUAUGCGGUUUGAAUAAAGACGGAAAAGAAGAAAAAAAACAGCAAAUGGUGAAAAGACAUGAAGCCGGUACUAAAGCGGAGAGCAGAGACCGGUUUUAUCCCCCCAUCUGAACCCGGUCCCGGUGCACGGAGGUCCGGUUCUUCUGCUCAGCUCCACCGCUCUUUGUCAGCCGGUUCAUACACAGAGACCCGGGCGGGUUUGUGGGAUUUCUCUGAAUGAGGACGCUCUACCGAAGAGAGACCCGUUAGUUUGAAUACGUUCAAGACUCGGGAAUAUUUUUAUUUCUCUGAUUUUCUGUGGAAUCUGCGCUGGUGGGAUUUUAUUUCCUGCUGGAUUUUGAUCACCUUUUGUUCGGAGAAAGAAGCGGCUGAUGCUGCGGUGAAGUCACACUGACGGAGGAAUCACCGGGUCUUUAAUGAUCGGUUUUUAUCAGCCUGUUAAUGCUCAUUCUCCUUAACGGGACUGUGGGAGUGUGAAAACUGCGCUGAUGGGAUUGUUACAUCUUCGCAUUGCGAAUUUUACAAUUUAAUUAUUUUAUCUUGCAUCGUUAUCGCCUCUGUGUGUCGCCUGGUCUCCUCUUAUCUUUUGUGUGGAAUUGGUCUGUCAGUCCCGGACUCUGCUAGACUGUCCCGGUUGGUCCCAGUGUGUCCCGGAUUGAGGAGCAUCAUCAUGCCGGAGUGUGUGUCAGUGUCAGAGUUCGUGCAGGAGGUUCAGGAGGACUGGAGCUCGCCCACCACCUCCUCCUUCACCUCCAAGAUGAUCAGCUGCAGGAACACCGUCUACCUCCUGGAGGAGUGUGUGUGUGUGUGUGUUCAGGCUUUGGACAGUGACCGGUUGGUGCUGCAGAAGAUGAAGAAAGCUGCUAAAGCCAAAUACACAUCAGGACAAGAACACGUGUCUCAUCUGGAGCAGUACAUCAAUUCGAUGGAGAAGCUGUCGGUUAACUGUCACUCGAAUGGAGAGACUGAGGUCGGCUCUGCUUUCUGUCGGCUGGCGGACUUUUCUAAAGAGCUUGUCUCUCCAAUGAAGAACCUGUUAAAGAGCAUGCUCCACAACAUCAACUUCUUCCUGGACUCUCUGGUUAAAGGAGACCUGAGGGAGGUGAAGGGGGAUCUGAAGAAGCCUUUUGAGAGAGCGUGGAGGGACUAUGAGAGCAGAUUUAAGCAGGUGGAGAAGGAGAAGAGGGAGUUGGCCCGGCAGUAUGGGAUGGUGAGGAGUGAGGUGAGCGGAGGAGAGAUCGCAGAGGAGCUCGAGAAGGAGAGACGCUCCUUUCAACUGAGUAUGUGUGAGUAUCUGAUUAAGGUCAAUGAGAUAAAGACGAAGAGAGGAGUCGACCUGCUGCAGAACCUCAUCAAACACUACCAUAGCCACAACAAUUUCCUGCAGGAGUGUGUUUCCACCACUCAGAGGUUGAAGCAGUACAUGGAGGAGCUGAACGGAGUCCUGACUACGGUGAAGCAGCGUCGAGAAGAGGAGAAGAGACAGCUGUGUGCUCUCAGAGAUCAGCUGAGGCCGGUCGUCCACACAGAGCAGGAUUCUCUACCUAAGCAGGUAUACAGCAUGCAUCAGCUGCUGGGAGACAAACAGUACGGAACAGAAAGAACAGGAUUCCUCUACAAGAAGAGCGACGGGUUGAGAAAAAUGUGGCAGAAAAGAAAAUGUUCAGUUCACAACUGUUACCUGACCAUCGCACAUGCUACUCCUAAUAAACCUCCUACCAGACUCAACCUGUUAACCUGUCAAGUCAAACCUAGUGUGGAGGACAAGAAAUGCUUCGACCUCAUCUCUCAUAAUCGGACCUAUCACUUCUUGGCUGAAGAUGAAGCAGAGUGUGUGGCCUGGAUCUCGGUGCUCAGUAACAGUAAGCAGGAGGCUCUGAGUGUGGCUCUGGACGGGGGGAGGAGAGGGGGAGGUGGAGGGGAGAGCAGUGUGGAGGAUCUGACCCGGGCCAUCACUGACGACAUCAGACGGAUGCCAGGAAACAACAGCUGCUGUGACUGUGGAGCUCCAGGUCAUAUCUGUCAAUUAAUCAAUCAAUCAGUGAAUCUUUUUUCUCAUCUUGAUAACUUGAAAUUCCUUCACUCUCUCCCUCUCUCUGUAGAUCCUGGAUGGCUCUCGACCAACUUGGGAAUCCUGACCUGUAUCGAGUGUUCAGGGAUCCACAGGGAGAUGGGGGUCCACGUCUCCAGGAUCCAGUCUCUGAGUCUGGACAGUCUUGGGACUUCAGACUUGCUGUUGGCCAGGAAUGUUGGUAACUCUGGAUUUAAUGAAAUACUGGAGGCGAACCUGCUGAGUCCGUCACUGAAGCCCUCCCAACACAGCCACAUGGCAGAGCGUAAAGACUUCAUCAUGUCCAAGUAUCAGGAUAUUCAUUUUGUGAGGCGGAGUCACAGCUCGGCUGCAGCGAUGCGACUCGGCCUGCAGGAGGCGACCAAGAGCUGCGACAUCUAUAGUCUGAUCCAUCUGUAUGCUCAGAGGACGGAGCUGAGCCAGCCGCUGCACACACACAUACAGGAGAAAGGGGAGACUGCGCUCCAUCUAGCCGUCCUAUUGGCUGACAGGACUUCGCUGCACAUCCUGGACUUCCUGGCUCAGAACUGCUCCAAUGUUGACAUGCAGACAUCAGCAGGAAACACAGCGCUGCAUUACAGCUGUCUGCACAACAAGAGUGACUGUGUGAAACUGCUGCUGAGAGCCAGAGCCAACCCGCACAUCAAGAACGAGUUAGGAGAGACCGCUCUAGACGUCAGCCGCAGGUUGAAGCACAGCCAGUGUGAGGAGCUGCUGCAGCAGGCCCAAUCCAACCAGUUUGACCAUCACGUCCACGUGGAGUAUGAGUGGAGGCUUCGUCAUGAUGAUCUCUACGACAGUGACGACGACUUUGACGACAAGAAUGGCCCAGUGAAGAAGGAGCGCACCUCCUCUUCCUCCUCCUCUUCCUUCACCUCCUCCUUCUCCUUCACCUCCCGUCCCUUCAGCUUCAGCCAGUCCACAUCCUCCUCCAUCAUCCAGCCCUCCUCUGGACCAGCAGGAGGAGGUCUGCUCAGUGUGGGGAGGAGGCUCGCCAUGGCCAUGGAGCUGCACAGCCGGCCCUCUGGCUCUGCUCCAAGCCCACCUCCACCUCCUCCGUCGUCUCCUGCACCCCCACUGCCCCAAGAGUCAAAGGGAGGCUUCUUAGUAAAAUCUCCCAGUGUUCCUCCUCCUCCCCCUCCUGCUGGUGGGGAGGGAGUGGGUGGUGAGGAGGAGGAAGAAGGGGAGGUUUUCUUCCCCCUGACAGGAAACAGAAAGUCAACCCCUCCACCUCCCAUCGCCGUCCGACACAAGAGGAGCUGCUCUGAGUCCAGCAAGCACGAUUAUGGGUUGCCAACCAGUCCCAGGAUCUACAGCGGUCCAGACUCCUCCUUUAAGAAGUGUGUUCCAGCUUCUCCUCUCAGUUCGCUGACUGAACGACCAGACAGAGGUUUUCGGAGGGCAGAUAGUGACGGUAGCUCCUCCCACUUCCUGCACCCUGCCAGUAAAGCUCCGCCCAAUGGAUCUCCCACCAAUCAGCGCUCUCAGAGCUUUGAGAGCAACAGCAGAGGCCCCGCCCCACAGCCACUUCCUCGCAGAUCAUUGCCCCGAGGCACAUCGAGUCGGCGGGUUCAGGCACUGUACGACUGCCAGGCCGACCACCAUGAUGAGCUGAGCUUCUCUGAGGGACAGGUGCUGGUGGUCCUGGGACAGGAAGACAGUGAUUGGUGGCAUGGCUACAUAGAGGACGAACCAGACCAGAGAGGCUUGUUUCCGUCUUCCUUCGUCCAGCUGCUCUCAGACUGACAUUAACCUGGACCAGCACGAGACCCAACCAGACCUUGGACCAGUCCAAGACUCAACAGACCCUGGGACAGCACAGACCAAACCACAACAGAGCUGAGAGAACCAAACAAGAAGCAAACUGGAUCAGUACAGAGCAGCAGAAGCUGAACCCCUGAUCUUCGAUGGACCCAGUCAGUCAUCUGGUUCGGAGCAACUCCAGUAUCCUGUGAGUUCACAUGAACUCACCGCAGUUAUCAGCCAAGUUGUCAUGGCAACUUCUGCUUUCUGUUACCAUGGCAACGUCACAGAUGACCUUUCAGUGCAGAAUCUAGACAGGACUAGAUCUUCACAUGGCUUGGGUCAUGUGGCAAUGUUGCCAUGGAGAUGGUCUCACACAGACUGACCAGCAAUGAUUCAAGGUUCAUGUUGAAACUUUUAUUUAUUUAUUUAACAUGAAAAUUUAUAUUUUAAGUGCACAGAUAACGGCAGGACACUGAUACAACAAUCCACUGGACUUUUAUUUUGAAGUUCAUCUGAACAGUGUUUCCAGUACAAAUUUAUUUAUUUUAAUGUAUUUAAAGUCACUGAUCCUGUGGCCAUGCCACCAUACAAGCCGCUUCUGCCCCAUUUCAGGCUUCUACUCUUUGGAGGGGCAGGACCUGAGAGGAUGCGUCCUUUAAAGGACCAGAUCUGAUAAGUGACAAUGAAGACCAAAGGAUAAAAACCAGAUGUCUGCUCCAAACUACUGUGUUGGCUCAUUAUCCUGGAUUUGGUCUGUAAACAUGGACUUCAGAGGUGGUGAAGCCUGAAAUGAGAUACAUGUGAUGUUUCCAGCUGCCUUCCAUGUCCCAAGAUAUCACAGCACCUCAGUGAGGAAGUACCACAGCAUAUUACUGCCACUAUUACAACAAUUUAAUUACUCAGUUUCUUGUUAAAACAUGAGCACUCCCUGGAUUUCAUUUUGAGGAAGAGGAGGAAGUCGAAGGGAUACAAUUCCAGAGAGUCAGGUGGGUGUGGAGUGACAAUUGUGUUGGUGCAGCCAAAAAACCUGCACAUACUCAACAUACUGUGAGCAGGCGCGUUGUCAUGACAGAACCUAAAAUUGCCAUUAUGCCACAGUUCAGGUCAUUUGUGCUGAAUAUCUAAAUGAUGCAGUUGAACUUGCCAUUGACAGUCUAAUCCUUGGGGACAAACUGACAGUGCACAAACCCGCAAAACAAGCACACUCCAGGUCACACUCCUGACCUGACAUGCCCUCUUCAGUCUCUCAGCUUGCAGCUGUAGACCCAACUCUUAUCAUCAGUGAUGACCCUUGACAUAAAGCUUGAGUCAUCCCGGGCCUGUUGAUGCUGCUCCAUGGUGAAAUCGCAAACGCACACACCCCAAGUGGUCACAAAAACACACGUAACACCGGUCCCGAUGUUGAUCACACAGCACAACCCAAUACUAACUUGCGAAAGUUAUCACUUGCACCUGCUGCAUGUGCGUUGCCUUGCUGUGCUGUGUUCAUUCACAACAGUAGCGCUCUUGGAACUUUUUGAUUGCACCUCAUAUUGAGAAAACCAAGCUUAUUUUUUUCCUCAUGAUGGCAGAAAUACGCUGCUAUAAGCACAAAUCUUUCUCACUGGGGUUUGAUCGUUUCAACUUUUACCUCUAGAGUUCUUAGGAUUUUUUUAAAGGAAAAAAAAUAUUGAAUUCUGUUUCAUAUUUUUUAUUUCAUUCAAAAUGACAGUGGUGGAUUUAUAAUGUUUUCUGUUUUUGCUGAAAUAUCACAGUGCUUCUGUCUGUUUGGCAUCUACAAAUGAAUGGAUGGAUGAUCAGUAGGUUGUUUAAGCAAAGCUGACAUUUCUUUCUGCUUUAUUUAACAGUCACAGUUUAAACAUGAUAAGCUGAAUUAAAGCUAUGGUAACUUAACAUACAUCAUUCAUCUUGUUUGGUCGGCGGACGUCAGUCUGUUCUAAAGCUACACAUCACAUACAACCAAUUAUGAUGGAAUAACAAGCAGCUGAUUUGAGUUAAUCUCAAUUUUCAGACAACAGGGAAUCUUAAGAAGCACAACUUUGGAUUUAUACUCACACCAAAAUUAUUUUUUUAAGUGUGAGGAAGUAAAUCUGUUCACAACAACUUAGCCUGCAAAUCUCAAAACCUUGCAUCUAGAUGUUAAGUCCUGCUCAGGACACCAGUGGGCUGUUGCUCUGUCAUUUAGCAGCUGAACUCAGGUUUAUGGCACAUUUAGGUGUUCCUCGCCAACUUGUAAACUGGAUAAUUUCUCAGUUUACUAGCAGGAAGUUUUCCUGGAGAAGCCCAUCAAAGUGUUAAAUCUCAGCAGCAGAUGUUUCAGAUUAAACCCUAGCCUUCAAGAACUCUGCAGUUGCAUUUUAGAAGACUAGGUGACUUUUUCCAUAUACAGACAGACCAACAGCCUUGAGAUGAUUCAGCAUUCAUGAUUAUUUAUAAGCUCUCAGUCAGCUUCAAACAAAGUGCUUGUUGGAUUGUCAAAUGAUGUGUGAAACCUCUCCCCAGGUGCAUCGAACAAUUUUCAUAACUUUCUGAAAACGACAAUCUCCUACUUUACACAGUGACUUCAACCAACCAACCAACUCUAUUUUUUCACUUUGCACACAACUGUCACUUUCCAUGUGGACAGCACUAUAAAAGCACUGUUAUCCUUGGUGUCGAGGCUACAUCACACAAAAGAAAACGUGGCACUGUGAUGCAGCCACGAGGAGACUAUAACAGCAGGCUUUUUACACUGCCUUCCAGCAUGGAACUUAAAAAGGAGUAGAAAUAUUUUGAGGUGAGACCAUGUGUUGCACCAACAAAUUUGUUUGAGGCAGACUAAGAGCCUUAUUGGGCAUCAGUCUUAGGGCGAUUUCACACUGGCAGUUUGUCUGAAUUGGGGAUUGGGCUAGCCAAACACAACUAGUAUAUGGCUCAACUGUGCAUGGAUGUGCGGAGUGAACUGCUGCAGAGCUGCUGAAAGUGAUGUCAGCCGAUGUUAAGUCACUGGUAACUGCAAACACCUGACACUGGAGCGACAUGACAAACAAAAACAAGUCACACUCCCUGAUGACAUGAUAGAAACUGUUCACACAGAACCAUUUUGGCCAGCCAAUGUGAGAAGCCGGCCAACCAGUGCUCUAACUAUCACUCAGUUUUACCAGCAACUGUAGUACUUAUUAACAAGAGUGCUUGAGUUAGAUUUUUGAACAUCUUUGACAACUUCUGGUUUUGCACAAUUUAAACAUCAGUGUUAACAAAAACGAUAAAAAUAUUUACUGACGACAGUUUUAUAAAACAAAAAUGAGAUAAAAAGUAAAUAAAACAUAAACUUUAAAAACUACAUCGAAAUGUAUAAAAAUCUUCAUCAAUGCUUUAACAAAUGGACAAAUCAACAGUUACCAUUUUAGGUAGGGCUUAAAUCCAAAAUUUAUGACCUCACAUGCCCUAGAGUUGUUUCCGAACUUUGCUCCACAGCUGGUUUGUUUAAAGUCUGCUGCAGCUCUUUAAGAUGGACGACCAUACACACUAUCAGAAUCAAGCAAACUCAGUGUGAAAACACCACGAAACUGCUCAUAGUGCAAACAAAACCAAAAACAUUUAGACAACUGUGAUUGACAAUAUGCAACCGUUUUUGUACAUUCACAGUACAGGUGUGAAACAGCCUUGUGCAUGCUGUUAUCUCCCUUUAACUGGACUGGUCAGUCUCUUUUCAUUCAUGUGGUUGGUUAUUUUUGGUUGGACUUUUUUUUUUUUAAGUAAAUUGCACUGCAUUCAUGCACUGCACUAAUUGGUAAUGUUACUGAUUGUUUGACUUUGUCCUUGUUAAGUUUAUUUAAUAAAUCUUUAGUUAAAAGUCAUGCACAGUCUCCUCAUCUUUAUCACUCCCAGAGGAGUUACAGUUGUCCGUUAAGUGCUCAUGAAGUUCAGCAAUCUGCAGCUUCCCUCACUGAGUCACCUUUUUAGCUCUGAUCUCAUCAGUUAGUAUUAUUAUUUGGCUUUACCACUUACCAUUAACUUUGUUAGCAACCAGAGACAGAAAACCUAAAUGUAGGACUAUUCAAAAAAACACUGUACUCUGACAAAAUGUUUCUGUUUUGGACAAUCGAUGAAAUCAGCUUAAAACCUGCACACUAUCGAAACUUCAUAACCACAGGCUGAGAACGUCACACAGGCUCCUCCCACUCACUGCUUCCAUACUAAAACAGUGAUGUUGGUUUAAAUUCCAAGAAAAUGUUGGCACGACAGGAAACAUAAAAACUUGUCAUCCUGUGUCCAGUUUCCAGUCUGUCAGGAUCCGAGAGACCAGGACGGUUUGCGUUAAAGAUAAGAAUAAAUGGAUGGAUUAUAAAUGAUAUAAAAAAA